AUGACGCCCGAUACGCCUCUCGAACUCUCCAUCGAGAACUUGCAAGCCCUCAAUCGUCUCAACGAUCCAUCCAUACCAGUACCUAUGACGCCCCAAAACAUCCUCAUCCUCGGCGCCGGGGAACUAGGCCUCUCUAUCCUGGAAGCCCUGACCGCGCACCCCAAGCGUCAGCGCUAUUCCGUUCUUCUUCGUCAAGCAACCCUUGAUUCUGCUGCUCCUGAGAAGAAGAAACUAGUACAGCACAUUCGUGCCCUCAACGCAGGAUUUGAAGCAGCUGACGUCGUCAAUGCAAGCGUUGAAGAGCUAGCGUCCAUUUUUGGGAAAUACGACGUUGUUGUUUCGUGUAAUGGCAUGGGCUUACCGUCUGGAACGCAGCUCAAGCUUUCAGACUCUGUGCUUAAAGCGGGCGUUAAGAGAUACUUUCCAUGGCAGUUUGGGAUGGACUAUGAUAUUAUAGGGGAGGGAAGUUCACAGGACUUGUUUGAUGAGCAGUUACAAGUUCGGAAGAAAUUGAGAGCCCAGAAGGACGUUGAUUGGACGAUUGUAUCGACUGGGCUGUUCAUGAGCUUCCUGUUCCUCCCAGACUUUGGGGUCGUUGAUCUCGGGAAUAAGAUCGUCAGAGCGCUCGGAAGCUGGGACAACAGAAUCACACUCACAACACCAACUGACAUCGGGCGCGUCACAGCGGAUAUAGUCCUCGAUCCACAGGGUAUAUCGCAUCAGGUUGUGUACACAGCAGGAGAUACUAUAUCCUACGGCGAACUGGCAGAUCUACUAGAUGAGCAUUUUGACACAAAGUUCAAGCGCGAGGUGUGGGAUUUGGCGGAGAUGAAGAGGCAGAUGGAGAGUGAGCCGAGCACGAUGGUCAAGUAUAGGGAUACGUUUGCGCAGGGUCGUGGGGUUGCGUGGGAUAAGAGUGGGAGUGUUAAUGAGGAGAGGGGCAUUGAGGUGGUUGAUGUGAGGAAGUAUCUUGAGGGAAUGGAUGUCAAGUCAGAUGAGUGA